AUGUGGUAUCACCGUCUAACCACCCUUCUCCUAAUAAUCUCCAUUAUCCAUUCAGUUCGUUCGAAACGAAAAUUGAAAGAACAGGAGAUCAUUCAACGAAUUCUGAAGGAUUAUGAUUGGAGAGUGAGACCGAGGGGAAUGAAUGCAACGUGGCCAGACACGGGCGGUCCUGUUCUCGUCACAGUCAAUAUCUACCUCCGAUCAAUAUCCAAAAUCGACGAUGUCAACAUGGAAUACAGUGCUCAAUUCACUUUCAGAGAGGAAUGGACCGAUCAACGACUUGCUUAUGAGAGAUAUGAGGAAUCUGGAGAUACUGAGGUCCCCCCAUUCGUCGUUCUUGCAACAUCUGAAAACGCGGAUCAGUCUCAACAAAUCUGGAUGCCCGACACAUUUUUCCAGAAUGAAAAAGAAGCUCGACGGCAUUUGAUCGACAAACCUAAUGUUUUGAUCAGGAUUCACAAAAAUGGGCAGAUUUUGUAUUCUGUUAGAUUAUCCCUGGUACUCUCUUGCCCAAUGUCCCUCGAAUUCUACCCACUUGAUCGUCAGAACUGUCUGAUCGAUUUGGCUUCUUAUGCGUACACAACGCAAGACAUCAAAUACGAGUGGAAAAGCACAAAACCAAUCCAACAGAAAGAUGGUCUUCGGCAGUCACUUCCAUCUUUUGAGUUGCAGGACGUUGUGACGGAUUAUUGUACCUCUCUUACUAAUACAGGCGAAUAUUCAUGUCUACGUACCCGUAUGGUCCUCCGUCGAGAGUUCAGUUACUAUCUACUUCAGCUUUAUAUCCCAAGUUUUAUGCUUGUUAUUGUCUCAUGGGUCUCAUUUUGGUUGGAUAAGGAUUCAGUUCCAGCGAGAGUCACGUUGGGAGUAACUACACUUUUGACAAUGACUACUCAAAGUUCUGGUAUCAACGCAAAACUGCCACCCGUCAGUUAUACAAAAGCUAUCGAUGUAUGGAUUGGAGUAUGUCUUGCAUUUAUUUUCGGAGCACUUUUGGAGUUUGCAUUAGUCAAUUAUGCGGCGAGGAAGGAUAUGACACAGGUCUCGCAGCGAAUUAGACAAAUGAAACAACUACCAACUGAUGGAUACCGCCCAUUAUCUUCCUCACAAGGACGGUCUUCAUUUUGCUGUCGAAUUUUCGUAAGGAGAUACAAAGAAAGAUCAAAACGAAUCGAUGUGGUUUCGAGAUUGGUCUUCCCAAUCGGCUACGCGUGCUUCAAUGUGCUUUAUUGGGCCGUCUACCUCAUGUGA